CCCGGGCUACGCGUGCGCGGUGGGUGGAGCGCGGCUCAUAUCUUCAGUGCCAGCCGGGUCUUACCCAGCUUUGGUCACAUCGUGUUCCUCUCGUGCUUUACCGCUUCGUCCCGGACGGUCCCUACCGAGUGGGCGCUCGGUUUUCGGGUCGUCAUGGCUGGCUACGAAUACGUGAGCCCGGAGCAGCUGGCUGGCUUCGAUAAAUACAAGUACAGUGCUGUGGACACCAAUCCUCUCUCUCUGUAUGUCAUGCAUCCAUUUUGGAACACGAUAGUGAAGGCAUUCCCUACUUGGCUGGCUCCGAAUUUGAUAACCUUGUCUGGUUUUCUGCUGGUUGUAUUCAAUUUUCUACUUAUGGCAUACUUUGAUCCUGACUUUUAUGCUUCAGCCCCGGGUCACAGGCAUGUGCCUGACUGGGUUUGGAUUGUUGUGGGCAUCCUCAACUUUAUGGCCUAUACACUAGAUGGCGUGGAUGGAAAGCAAGCCCGGAGGACCAAUUCUAGCACCCCGCUAGGGGAGCUUUUUGACCAUGGCCUGGAUAGCUGGUCAUGUGUUUACUUUGUUGUAACUGUGUACUCCAUCUUUGGACGAGGUUCAACUGGUGUCAGUGUUUUUGUUCUUUAUCUCCUGCUGUGGGUAGUUUUGUUCUCUUUCACCCUGUCCCACUGGGAAAAGUAUAACACGGGAAUUCUUUUCCUGCCGUGGGGAUAUGACCUUAGCCAGGUGACUCUUUCUUUUGUCUACAUAGUGACUGCGGUUGUGGGAGUUGAGGCCUGGUAUGAACCUUUCCUGUUUAAUUUCUUAUAUAGAGACCUAUUCACUGCAAUGAUUAUUGGUUGUGCAGUAUGUGUGACUCUUCCAAUGAGCUUCUUAAAUUUUUACAGAAGCUAUAAAAAUAACACCCUGAAACACAGUUCAGUCUAUGAAGUUAUGGUUCCCCUCUUUUCUCCAUGUUUGCUCUUCAUUUUGUCUACAGCCUGGAUCCUCUGGUCACCUUCAGAUAUUUUAGAGAUACAUCCUAGAAUAUUCUACUUUAUGGUUGGAACAGCCUUUUCCAAUAUCACAUGUCAGUUGAUUGUUUGUCAGAUGAGCAGCACAAGGUGCCCAGCUUUGAACUGGUUGCUGGUUCCUCUCUUCCUGGUUGUCAUGGCAGUGAGUUUAGGAGGAGCCUCCUACCUUGAGAGUGUUCUUCUGUACACGCUAACCGCUGCCUUCACCCUGGCCCACGUGCACUAUGGGGUAUGCGUGGUUAAGCAGCUGAGUAGCCAUUUUCAGAUUUACCCGUUCUCAUUGAGGAAACCAAACUCAGAUUGACUAGGAACGGAAGAAAAGAAUAUUGGCCUGUAAUCUUCAGGAAGACGUACUGUAAAUAUAUGCUUGUAAAUAUUUCAUCCAUCACCAUUGAACUAAUCCGACCCGUGUGACUGACAUGGGUCUCGGGUAUGAGGUACUUGGACACAGGAAUGAAACAUGGCUGGACUUUGGACCUUCUAACUCCCAACUUACUUAAUCUCACUGUUUUUAUAAAACCACGUGGCAUUUUGGUUAAGCGUAAUGUACAUGAGACCAGCAAAGUGUUCCUGGUGAUUUUAGCCCCAUGAGUCCAUAAUGUGUUGGCUUACAGAAUUAAACAUGCUUUGUUUUCAUUUUUAAAACCCCCACAUUGUUUUAGAAAUGCUGAUAACAUUCAGAGAAAUUACAAUUUGUUUUCAUAUUUGAUAUUUUAUAGCAGGUCUUUAGCCGUGGUAAUUAUCAGUCACCCAAAUCUAGCAUAGGAGACCAUAGGAAUAAGUCACCUUUCAACCGAAGAUGCCAAUGAUUACCGAGCAAUACACGAUUGCCAAACCUCGGUUUCUCUUCCCCAUGCAGACGCCCCUGUCCUCGCUUGGCAGGAGAGCUUCCCUAGUGACCUGGCUCUCUUCAUUAAGGAGCAGAUCUUGAUGAAUGGUUUGGUUUUCUUUUAAAGAGAAGUAGCGAAUAGUUUCAGUCGGGGCUCCCCCUUUGGCACGGCCCACAGUUUGGCGUGGCCUUUUCUCCCUCAGCUGCAGGCUGCUGGGGUGUGAGGCCUGUGACCUGUGAUGUCUGUGACAGCUCUCGUCUCGUGGUCACUUCUCGUGAGGCACGCAGGGAAAGCACCUUGUAAAAGGAAAUUUCAGUUGGAGUUACUCAUGAAUUUCACUGUGACCAAAGUUAGUUUUCUGACCCAGUUUGUCCAUCUGGCCUUCCCUGCUCUCUCGCUCUCCUUUUGGGGGAGUGAAGGCUGUGUGUUUUAUUUCAUGCAGGAUAAAACAGAGACACGAUCUCUCUUCCCCAUCUUGUCUGCUUCCCACUUGAAGAAACCUUCCUGCCCGCCUUGCUCCUUAACAUGAGUACCCACUCCUUCAAGUGGCUUAGAGUAACUUUGGAGGUUUACAGACAACACAGUCCUUUAACUUUAUUGUAGUUGUUUGAUAAAUCACAUCUUUUUAUGAAUGUGGGUAUUUUCUUCUCUUUCUUUCUGAUCUUGUUUUCACUUAGUUUGGUGGUGGUGAAGUUUACUUGCUGAUUUUAUUUUUCCAGUGAAUGAAGUUUGUGCUUGAAUGAAGAGUGUAUCUUAAACCCUUUUUUUUUUGGACAGGUUGCACUUGGAUAAAAUAGGCACCACUGUGUUGAUAUGUAAUUAAAUUCUUAACCAUUAUUUAUCUAUGAAUGUGACCAUUGUUAAAUAUUAUAGUGUAUUCCUUUGCUGAAUUUGUCUGCUGCUUUGUAAAAAAUAACUGUCAUUGAUACUUCUUUUUUGUUUUUAAUUUUUAAAUUCUAAUCAUUGUUAUCCAGGUUAUUAGGAAUGAACCAAGGAGCUAAGUCAUCGUUCCGUACUCAUUUUGAGAAAUUAUUUGUAAAGACUCGAUUGUAUUUGAUGACUUUCUCAGAGACAGACAUGAACACUGAAAGCAGUCGAUGAAUUGCAGAAAAGUGUGGUUAUCAAGUUGCUGUCACCGAGGUCAGAGAACAAACCAAUUAAGGGAAAAUAACUGUUUUUGUGUACCUUGUUUUGUCAUCUGGAUCAAGUGUUAGUUUGGCAUCGGGAAAAAUUCUGUUUUUAAGGUUUCUCAGAUAAUCAUUGUACUGUUUUACUCACCUUCUACACAAGAAUGAGAUAAAACCUGGUAAAUAUUUAUAAAAUGACAGAUAUGGACCACUGACUUUCUUCACAUUGUACAGUGUAGUAAAAAAAAAAAAAAAUACACUUUAAUUCUGGCAUAAGGGUCAUGUCCUGUAAUUCUGGGGCUUUUUUACUUCUGAAUGUGUUUCUUUUCGUUGCAUCAAAUGUAUCUGAAAGUUGUUCUGUGCCUGUAUUUCGUGACAUAUUUCAUUGUGGUGGUGGAGAAUUAUGCCACAAUCAAUUUUAUUGGCACUGACAGAUGAAAGAAAAGAGGCUGUCAGGAAGGGAGAGUGAAACCCGGCAGUUACCUGAGGAAGCUGUGGGUUCUUGCACUGCUGACGGUCCCCUAAUUAGUCCGCCACCUGACUGUAUUUUGGGCACCGCACUUUUUAUAUUCGUUACACAGCAACCCACGUGGACUCAGUCACCAGUAGCACUGUGCAUUUCUGUCUUGCUAAUGACUACACACUUUAUAAAGUGCAGGAGCUCUUCUGAGCGUAUGCAUGGUAUUUUGGGUUUGGUUUUGUUUUUCUGAGUCUUGCUAUGUAGUUCAGGCUGGCCUUGAACUCCCCGUGUAACCCAGAGUGGCCUCAACCUUGAGAUGAUCCUCUUGCGCCAGCCUCCUGAGUGCUGGAAUUGUAGGUGUACGCCACUCUGCCCAGCCUGUGCAUGAUAUUUGAGGUGUGUCCACACCUCUGCCUUCUCCUCGGGGUCUUGUGGGGAGAAGGGCUGUGGCUGGGAGCAUACGUGCGUGUGUUCUGUGCUUGCAGAGUCGAGUGCCUUAGCCAGGCUGGACGUUUGCAUUGCUGCUCACCAAAGUUACACGGACCUUGAAGAAGUUUCUUUUCAGACCAUGUUGUGGAAAGUGGCCUUCAGGCUUGUCAAAACAAUAAUUCCCCUGUGUUGGAGGAGGGGUGUGAGAUAGAAAAAUGUAAAAAUUCCUGGACAGUGUUGCUACUGCUGCCUUUAUGACCCUUUAUAACAUUUAUGAUCCAGCUGUAAUGCAUAGUUUGAAAUUGCCACAACUUAAAAGUGUCCUUCGUCUGCAAAUACUAAGAAAUUAGUUUAAGGGGUUUUAGUUUUAAGGAUAAUAAAGUGGGUUACACAUUUGAAAACUAAAUGCUUUUCUGUGGCAUUUAACAUGAUUAAAAUAUUUUUCAUUCUAAUUUUCAAGAAGAAAGUUCAAUGCUGAUUGUGGGCUAGGACAUUAACACUACUACCAGUAUGUCAUUCAUUCUUAAAAGAGGUGGUGGGAAGGGGAGUGUACAUCUGGAGGACCAAAAGAUGGCUGACGAUGACCUGGAGCCUGUGCUUUUGGAGAAUAUACACAGGAUCCUUGUAAAGGAAAGAAGGGCCCUCUUUUCUGUCCUGUGGAUUUGAAAGUUCUAUAUGCAUUUAUCUUGCAAAAAACUAACUUAUUUCGAAGUCAGCCAAAUGUACCUUGCUUUCCACAGCUGACUUUGACCUAUAGAGAAUAAAAAGAUUAUCUGAAGAUGUUUAUAUCAAACACUAUUUUCCAUUUCCAUUUUUAACUAGAAGCCAGUUUAUAAUUCUUCAUCAUUCACCUGAGUUUGCGCUCCACUGGACACCACCUUGAAUACACAGACCAUCAGGGUUUGCUCUGUGACUUUUGGGGUCUUGCCACGUUCAGAUACCCUUGACUGCCUUAGUUCCCUUGACUGGUUGAGGACUGGGAACAAAGUAAACCUAAUGGGCUGAGACUUUUGUGUUUGUUUUGGGGACAAGAUCUCAGUGUGUAGUUUAGGUUGGCCUUGAAUGUACUGUGUAACUGGCCUUUCGGCCGUCCCCCCUCGGCCUCCAGUCCUGCUGCCUCCGCCUCUGAGUGCUGGGAUUACAGGGCGUGGACCACUGUGCCUGGCCCACACUUUUGACUCUGAUCCCCAAAUAAGCCAAAAGCAGAAAAAUCUGGUUAUGUGGAUGCCUGUAUGCUGAGUGGCCUUAUCUUGACCUUAGUUUGAACUUGAUCCAGGAAACUUGUAAAGUCAGAAUGUUAUUUGUCCCAUGAGGUGUCGUAAGGCUGCAGGCCCUUUCUUGAACACCCUGUGGGUGAAUAACCUUACGAAGUGAGCUGCCGGGACUGCAGCCUUCCGGGAAGAAUCUUAACUACUAUGCUGUCUUUGAAGCACUUUGACAUGUAUGUUUAAAGCGACAGUCUUAAUAGUAAAAUGGUAUUAAUCACUGUGAAACUUGAAAGUGUGAUGCUCUGGGUAUUUUAGGAAGCUUGCAUAAGUUUCUGAAUUUCCUUUGUUAAUUAUGCAACCCAUGUGAUUUGUAUAUUUUAGUUUUCUGUCUUUGACCUGGUACAAGUAAUUGGCAUAAUGGCAGGUUGUGCCAAGGACGGUGUAUGGGAAGUCAUGGUUGUCUCUCUUCAGAGAAAGUGGUGGUUACGUUUGCUUCUUCCUUGCGUGGCGCCAAGGGAACUGGAUUUGUGGGCUGAUUCAUUUCCAGUGUUUAUAUGGUGCAAAAUAAAUGUAACUUUAUUUUUUAAACUGCAUGCUAGUUAUACGCUUUUCUCAUUAAUCAAAAAAUGUGAGAGAUAGUAAGCUAGCUGGUUCCUGUCCUUAAGCAGGGAUCUGCUUUUUAUGCAGACGGCUCUAAGUGAGUUCAUGUUUAGUGCAGCAGAGAAGUGUUGCUGUUGGAAUUCCUCUCACAGGUGGCCUGCGCAGGGGCGAGGUGUGGCAUUUGGUCUGGAAGACCCGGUUCCCAGGGUUGGAAAGCGUCACGUGAGCUGUCUUUAGGGUGCUUUAACAAGGGUUUGUCUCUCAUUUGGGCACUGUGAAGAACUGUUCCGUCUUCCACGAGUGGUCACCUUGUCUUCCCUUCAGGGACUCGUUCUUAGAAAGCUGAGUCGGUGAGAGUGGUGCUGGUUUUCAGAGCACGCAGACUGGAUGGUGGCAGUAGAGGACCGAAGGCUGCACUGUAAGUGGAGACAGCACCUGCCUCGGCAGCACUGUACUAAUACUGAAGUCAGAGGCCAUGUAGAAGGCCUGGGUGGGAGGCGGCCUCAGCGUGCUGGGGAGGCCUCUGUCUCCGGGGCCAGAGUCCUCUCGAGCAGUUUCUGUAGGUGACAGUUAAAAUUAGAACUGAUUGUGAGUUUCCAUCCAACUGUCCACAAUUCACCAUGAAUUCUAGAUUGUGAUUUUUUAAAUGAACACUUUUUAAUAUCCAGAGAGUAAGCACUUGACCUGUAACGUGCUUAGAUAACACUAGGUUUUACUACUAGGUUAUAAAAAUCUGAUUUAAUUUGCAAGAUCUGUGCUGUAUUAUAAUCUAUUAUGAUUCAGUAUCACACUUCAAGUAUAAUAACUGCUAAUUGAGACUGCUUACAAUAUUAACAUCUCUUUAGGGUUAUUUUGUUUAAACAGCUUUAUCUCAUCAGCCCAACCAUUUAAGAGACAAAGACCAGCUAUGUGCAGUGCUUUACUCAUUUCAGAGUAGCCCAAGAAAGCAGAAUUUAUUAUUGAGCCCUAUGUUGCAAUUUUUUGAAAAAAGCAACGGCAUUUCCUUUGGGGAAGGAGAAAGUAAUGAUUCAUUAGCAAAGUGGAACCCCCAGCUGCCCACUUUCUCCAUUUCCCUUCCCACCUAACACAGUAGAUUAAACUCAUGGCUCCUUGUAGAAGAGGAGAGCACUACUUUGCAGGGUAAAAGUGACGGAGACUUCACUGCACUGUAACUGAGACUGUAGCGGAAAUCAUGGCCAAGUCAGUUAUUGAGGUGCAAGUCAGUUAUUGGGGUGCUUAGCCGGGCGGCCCCGGUAAAGUGUUUAUCUGAACAGAGAGAGCAGGUCCAUUCCUUCUCAGGUCCUACGAGGCAGCUCCACUGGGCAGGUGGGAGGCGCUGGGUGCAAAUAGAGUCUGUCUUAGAAAGUCGAAGAGGAGCAUAGACCUUCUCUUCCCCUUCAGAUAGUUUAAUUGAACAUAUUAGUGAUGGGUCUGUCUAAGGUUUGCUGUGUGUGUAGUAAACAAUGUAUUUCAUCUGGUUCUGUGUGCUCUGUGUAUAUAUACAUGUCUAACGUGCACAUUCUCUGCAUACGUAUGUAUGAUAUCAUGUAUGUUCAGAAUCUACUCUUGAUUAUCAAUCAGCCAAAUGAAAGCUCUUUUUAGACUGUUUAUUGGCGUGAACUUAGUAUGCAUGUGGCCCAUGACAUGGAGGCCCCCGAUCUAAAGCCACAGCCUGCCUUCCCUCCUGCUCAUCUCAAUCUGCUAAAAGCCCUUACACGUCACUUACCACUUCCUGUUAAACCCAGGACCCUGAGCCAAAAGACAGCUUCUCAGAACCAUGGCUGCUUGCACCAAGGCUGGGGCCUCUGGGUCUGCAUGAUUAUGGGCGCAGUUCUGGCCAGAGGGCAGCUGCGCCGGAGCAGUGGUGCCCAGGGCUGGAAGAGGGAGGCUCCCGCGCUUAGAGAAACUCAGCUUUGCAGCUUGCUUAAAUUACUGUGCUGGAAUGUGAAGUCUCAGAUAACUUGAUAUGCAGUAAUGGAGCACAACAGUGCGUUUCAAUGUUACUUUUGCAUUAUCUGUAUAACUGUUCCCUGCUGCUGGUUCGGAUAUCAAGACCUAAUUGUUUCUUAUCACUGGAUUCUGGAAGCCUGGACCUUUCAACUGGAUUUAUGUUUAUUUCUGCGGCUGUGAACCCCAAAAAUAAUGCAGUAGGUUUUAGUCUAAAGUUGUUUAAUUCUUUUAUUGAUAAAUAUUUAUUGUAAUAAAAGUAAAUGAGUAAAUAAUUUUUAAAUCCUUUUAA